CCUGAAUGCCCUCACAGUGACGGAGUCCCCCACUGUCAGCAUGUUCAUCACUUUCCGUAGGUUGAGGAGAUGCCAGUGUGUGCAGCUCAUGGUUACUUGCUUGGUGCUGUCCCUGGUCAUGGUUUGCUGGGAGCAGCUCGAUAACACUGUUGUCAGCCACGUCAAGUCAGUGUCUUUUCGCUACUUCAUCAACCGCUUCACUCUGGUUAACAAAAGCCUCACCAUUCCGAGAGAGCAGGCGCUGAUAUUCAGUAACUUUCCAUACCUUCUGGACCAUCCAGAAAAGUGCAAGGACCAAGAUGUCCUCCUGCUCCUCUUUGUCAAAACAUCACCAGAGAACAUUCAGAGGAGACAGGCCAUCAGAUCCACAUGGGGCAAUCAAACCUACAUCCAGCAGUCUCUUGGUGUCACAGUGAAAGUGCUGUUUGUGUUAGGAGCCCGGGAGGCCUCAGACAACAGCCUGGACAUAGACCCCUUCGGCCCUCAGGAACUGUUGGAGUUUGAAGACAAAAUGCACAAUGAUCUCAUCCAGCAGGGCUUCAUUGAUUCCUUCCACAACCUGACCCUGAAGCUGCUCAUGCAGUUCCACUGGAUGCACCAUCACUGCGCUCACGCUCGCUUCCUCAUGACUGCCGAUGAUGAUAUUUUUGUGCACAUGCCCAACCUGGUGCAGUACCUUCAGGACAUGAGCAGGAGGGGGCUUACUGACCUCUGGGUGGGGAGAGUGCACAGGGGAUCACCACCAGUACGAAGCCGAAGCAGCAAAUACUAUGUGCCCUAUGACAUGUACCCGUGGCUGUCUUACCCUGACUACACAGCUGGAGCAGGUUAUGUAGUUUCAAGUGAUGUGGCUGACAAAAUCUAUCAUGCCACCCUAACUUUGAAUGCAUCCCUUUAUAUUGAUGAUGUGUUCAUGGGCAUCUGUGCCAAUGCUGUUGGUGUGUCUCCUCAAGAACAUGUGUUUUUCUCAGGCGAGGCUAAGGCUCCCUACCACUCCUGUAUCUACAGCCAAAUGCUUACCUCACACGGACAUGUGGAGGAUAUCUAUGAGCUUUGGAAAACUGCUGCACACCCUCAGGUAAAAGAGGAAGCCCUAGGGCUGAUAGGAAGACUUUACUGCACUAUUGUCAAAGUGACUCUGCUCUGUAAACCUUACUAUGUAAACACCUACCCAUGCAAAGCAGCUUUUUCAUAGUCUUAAUGUCUGUGUAUAUAACUCUGUGUCAACAUGGAUGUACUGAUGUUGCUGCUGUCAGUCACACGCUAAAGUGUGCCCCCUAACCCUCUAACCCUAACCCUAACCCUAACCCCACCCCCGACCUCCUGUAAAUGAUGCAACAAAUGGGGAUUUUAGUUUAGUAAUAUCAUUUGCAACUGCAAAUGUGCAAAUGUUCUGUUAGACUGAGGUGGACUUGAAAGUAACACAAAAGUGACUUCAUUCUUCACUUUAUGACAGCAAGUGUUACCCAAAUCACUCUCAAGCAACACGUUUGAAUAAAGGCACUAAUGUGCCAAGAAAUGUAACAACAGAGCAUUUUUGUAAAAGUAGGAUUUUUCAAAUGUAACAAAUUGCUGUAUUAGAUAAUGUGUUUAUGUGACUCAAAGAUAUAGAAACAGUUCUUUAUAUCUCUGUUAUAUGAGAAUCAUAACUUUGUCUGACCUAAAAACUUGGGUUUCAAAUGUCACAAUGCACA